AUGGCUUACCAGGGAGGAGGAGGCGGAGGGGGCUACGGCGACGAGCACAGAGAUCACAACAUGUCACACGGCGGUGUAAGAGAAACCCCCCUCCUUCACUGCACCACCUCCUCCAUCCAUCCACACCCACAGUCACUAAUGAACCCUCAUCAGCAGCAACCCUUCCACGCGCCACCGCCGCAGCACGACAGCAGCGACGACGAACAAGAACGUUCCCUCUUACACGCCAACCCCAACGGCCCUUUCAACGGCCCCUUUGACGAACCGAUGAGCCGUGGACACACACCAGGUCUUAAUGAGCCCACGGGCUAUAGUCUCGAGGAGUCGUAUGUCGGCGGCAAUGGCUCCACGGGUUACAACAAUGGCUAUGACGAUCAGGCAUACAACAGUGGCACGCUUCAAAGUGCUUAUGAUCCUCCAGACCGCUCACCGAGCCCGUAUGCCAGGAGUGACACAGGCAGUACCGAGGCGUGGCGACAACGACAGGUCCCUGGUGGGCCUGCAGCGGCGGCGGGUGGCCUGAAGCGUAAUGCUACGCGUAAAGUUAAGCUGGUGCAGGGCGCUGUGCUGAGUGCCGACUACCCUGUCCCGUCCGCCAUCCAAAACGCAGUGCAAGCCAAAUACCGCAACGAUCUGGAGAGUGGGAGCGAGGAGUUCACACAUCUGCGAUACACCGCCGCCACUUGCGACCCGAACGACUUCACCCUCAAGAAUGGCUACAAUCUUCGGCCGGCCAUGUAUAACAGACAUACCGAGCUGCUGAUUGCCGUCACCUACUACAAUGAGGACAAGACUCUGACAGCACGUACCUUGCAUGGUGUCAUGCAGAACAUUCGCGAGAUUGUCAACUUGAAGAAGUCGGAGUUCUGGAAUAAAGGUGGACCGGCGUGGCAGAAGAUUGUCGUGUGCUUGGUCUUCGACGGUAUUGAUCCUUGCGACAAAGGCACGCUGGAUGUGCUGGCGACUGUUGGUGUCUACCAGGAUGGUAUCAUGAAAAAGGACAUUGACGGGAAAGAGACGGUGGCGCAUAUCUUCGAAUACACUACACAGCUCUCCGUGACGCCGAACCAGCAGCUCAUCCGGCCGCUUGACGAUGGCCCGUCGACCCUCCCACCAGUGCAAAUGAUGUUCUGCUUGAAGCAAAAGAACAGCAAGAAGAUCAACUCGCACAGAUGGCUCUUCACAGCCUUCGGCCGCAUCCUGAACCCGGAAGUCUGCAUCCUCCUCGACGCCGGCACGAAGCCCGGCCACAAAGCCCUCCUCGCCCUCUGGGAAGCCUUCUACAACGACAAAGACCUGGGCGGGGCCUGUGGUGAAAUCCACGCCUUGCUCGGCAAAGGCUGGAGGAACCUCCUCAAUCCCCUCGUCGCGAUCCAAAAUUUCGAGUACAAAAUCUCCAAUAUCCUCGACAAACCGCUCGAAUCCUCCUUCGGCUACGUCUCCGUGCUGCCCGGUGCUUUCUCCGCGUACCGUUUCCGCGCUAUCAUGGGCAGGCCACUGGAACAGUAUUUCCACGGCGAUCAUACGUUGUCCAAACAGCUCGGGCCGAAGGGAAUCGAGGGCAUGAAUAUCUUCAAGAAGAACAUGUUCUUGGCUGAAGACCGUAUCUUGUGUUUCGAGCUCGUGGCCAAGGCCGGCAGCAAAUGGCAUCUCACCUACGUCAAGGCCUCGAAGGGCGAGACUGAUGUGCCGGAAGGUGCUCCCGAGUUUAUUGGUCAACGUCGUCGAUGGCUCAAUGGGUCGUUCGCGGCUACACUCUACUCGCUCAUGCAUUUCUCCCGGAUGUACCGGUCUGGUCAUAACAUCAUUCGCAUGAUUUUCUUCCAUAUCCAGUUCAUCUACAACAUCAUGGUCACCUUCCUGAGUUGGUUCUCUCUUGUAAUCAUGGACCUGGUCGGCAACCCUAGCAGUACAAACAACAACCACGCCUUCCCCUUCGGCAACGAAGUGACCCCCAUCUUCAACACCGUUCUCAAAUACCUCUACCUGGCCUUCCUCCUCCUCCAAUUCAUCCUCGCCCUCGGCAACCGCCCCAAAGGAAGCAAAUGGUCCUACAUCAUCUCCUUCGCCCUCUUCGGCCUCAUCCAAAUCUACGUCAUCAUCCUCUCCCUCUACCUCGUCGUCCGCGCCUUCACCCACAAGGGCGCGGGAUCAACCGACAUCGACUUGAACGACGGCGCGGGCAAAUUCUUCCAAUCCUUCUUCGCCUCCACCAGCUCCGGCAUCAUCAUCAUCGCGCUCGCGGCGACCUUCGGUCUCUACUUCGUCGCUUCCUUCUUAUACCUCGACCCUUGGCACAUGUUCACGUCCUUCCCGCAAUACAUCGUCAUGAUGACCAGCUACAUCAACAUCCUAACCGUCUACGCCUACUGCAAUUGGCACGACGUCUCGUGGGGAACCAAGGGAGCCGAUAAAGCUGACGCCCUGCCCUCUGCCAAGACCGAGAAGGCGAGUGAUGGUAAGGGAGCCGUGAUCGAGGAAGUGGAUUUACCACAAGCGGACAUCGACUCCCAAUUCGAACAAACCGUCAAGCGCGCACUCACCCCUUACGCCCCUCCGAAGGAAGAAACGAAGAAAUCGCUCGAAGACAGCUAUAAGUCCUUCCGCACCCGGGUAGUCACGGCCUGGAUCUUCUCCAACGCCUUGUUAGCGGUGGCCAUCACGAGCGAUAGUUUCGACAAGUUCGGGUUCAGUUCGGGUGCUACGUCUCGGACGGCGAAUUUCUUCCGCGCGUUGCUUUGGGCGACGGCGGGGUUGUCGCUGGUGAGGUUUUUGGGGUGUUUGUGGUUUUUGGGGCGGAGUGGGUUGCUUUGUUGUUUUGCUCGGCGGUAG